GAGAUUAGCAGAAGCUUUGCUAAAAGCAACCACGUCUAUUAACACACCUAACCGCUCCUCUCAGUGAACGGGCAGAUAUCGACACAACCGCAUUUACAGUCUCCGUCCGUCCGUCGAUAUCAACUUGGAAGGUCACCUUCAGAGAUCUGAUUUCUGUAUAUCUAAUUAUGCAUGCAGGCUCCGGCAAGCGUUCUCGAAGAAUGGUGAUGAACGGAAACAGUCCCGAGAUUACGCCAGGGUCUACAAACACACAGCAUCAGCAUUCUUUAAUUGGCUAUCUACCGUUCAAGAAUCCACUACAACCCCAUUGUUAGCGUCACGGACGUAUACCUAUAUAUGUUCACCAUCCUGUGGUAUUAAGCAGACAGCAGAGAGAGAGCAAGCAUAUAGUACGUUCAUACGUACGUUCGUACAUACAUACAUGGAAAGCCCGCUGGCCUAAAAAAAAAAAAAAAAAAUGAGCUGCUUUGUCACUUGCACCCUGGGCCACGAGCACUGGGGUCGAUACGGGGCGGCGGGGCUCCUCAUCUACCGUUUCGGGGCGUCGGGGGAAGUCGAGAUGCUGCUUCAGCUCCGGGCGCCGUGGCUGCACCACGGGGACACCUGGGGGCUGCCGGGGGGCGCGCUAGAGAGCGGCGAGACGGCGGAGCAGGCCGCGUUCCGGGAAGCGCGCGAGGAGCUCGGCGUCGACGCGCGCGAGUACCUGGAGCCCGGCGGGGCGGUCGUGGACGACAGCCACGGCAGCUGGCACUACACCACCAUCCUGGCCGCGCUAGCGAAGCCGCUCGAGAUCAGCGACAUGACGCCCAACGACGAGUCCGUCCGUCUGCAGUGGUUCACGCGCCGCGAGCUGCGCUCCAUACCGCUGCAUCCCGGCCUGCAAGACUCCAUCGGCACUCUGAUCUUCCGCCUGCCGCCGGACAUCGAACCCUGCGCAGCGGCCGCGGCGCUACCAACUCGUGCCGAAGCUAGCUAAGUCAAGAUGGGAGCGGGGAGCGGG